AUCGGGCUCGAGCUCAGCUACCCGGCCCGGGCGUCCGAGGCGCCUCAUGGAGCACGAUACAUACCGGAGAAGUAUCCAGUCUCCAGUGCUUAAGGGGAGUAUGCAGACGCUCUCUGACGUGGUGGACGUCCUCUCUGAGUUGAGUGAAAAGUAUGAGUUGGAGCUUCAGGAGUUGCGGAGCACCGUCUCGCAGCUCACGACGGAGAACCGGCGCUUGCGGAAGUCCACUGACAACUCCUCCGAUGAAAGCACAACUGCUGCAACCAUGAGCAGCACACCAGACCCGAACAGCAAGAAGAAGGCCAAAUUUGCGGUGGAAGAAGAGAGGAGCGAGGAUGAGUUUGGGAAGAAACUGAGUUCGGUCUCAGAUCCCUAUUUGAACUCAGAGGUCUUACCCGAAAUCAGCGACCUGGAACUCGAAGCACGUCGCCGCGUGGCCUUGGGGCAAUCCAUGUCGCCGGUCAACCGCUCCGACACGCCGACGGAGGGCUUUCUGCUGAUGCACUUCUGGAGGGACGAGGGGAUGCGCAAGAGCCGCAGCGACCGGAAGUCCUUGGCGGUGCCCCCGCCCUCGUCCAUGAGCACAUCGAUGCCCAUGCGUUUGAGGCCCACCAUGAAGGGCGCAGCAUUGGGUAUUACGGAGCUCUACCAAGGCACAGUGUCCCGCUUCAUUGCACGUCCGGGCAACCGCAAACGGUUGCUUUGGGACUUGUGCGGAUUGUGUUUCAUCAUCUACGAUUGCUGGGCCAUUCCUUUGAACGUGUUCGAUCCUCCGGAGGGUCCCUUCAGCUUGGUGGCCAAUUGGUUGACGCUGAUCUAUUGGACACUGAACGUUGGUGCGACGCUGACCACCGGCUUCGUGCGGGAAGGUCAAGAGGUUUUGUCGCCCAAGGAGAUUCUGAAGAACUACCUGAAGACGUGGUUUUUAAUCGACGUGCUGACCUUGGGUCCUGACUGGACCUUGGAGAUCAUGGCCUAUGCCACGGCAGCCAGCGGGACAAGCUCUGAUGGGAGUGUGGGCACCUCGGGCAGUGAGUCCAUGCGCUUGCUGCGGGUCUUCCGGGUGGUGCGCGUGGCACGGCUGCUGCGUUUGCUGAAAGUGAAGUGGCUUCUGGAGACCAUAGGCGAUGCCAUCCCCAUGUCGGACUACACCAGUAUCGUCGCGAGAGUCGCACAGAUGAUGGCCAUUUUGCUGUACUUGAACCACGUGAUUGCGUGUGUGUUCUUUGCCACCACGACCUUGGGUUCCUACAAGACCUCCUGGACCGAUCGCUAUGUGGAGCCUGGCAGUGAUUGGCGUGAUGCCUACAUGGUCGCUUUGCACUGGUCCUUGACGCAGUUCACCCCUGCAGCGAUGGAUGUUCAACCGCAGAACCCCUUGGAACGUGCUUAUACCAUCAGCGUGGUGAUCUUUGCCUUGGUUGGCUUCUCCUACGUGGUGGGCGACAUUAGCUCCUGCCUCACUCAGCUGCGAAAUAUGUCGGAGACCUCUUCGAAGGAGUUCCGGAAGCUGCGGAACUUCAUGCGGAUGCACAAUGUCCCUCGGCAGCUGGCGCUGAGGGUGACGAAGUUUGCAGAGCAUGCCUACAGCAAGCAGCGGGAGGCGAUGCCCAUGAGCAAGGUGACCUUGUUAAACUUGGUCUCGGAACAGCUCUUAGGGGAACUCGCCUUUGAGAUGAACAAGCCCUUCUUGAUCAUCCACCCUCUCUUUGAGAACAUGGAGGCCUAUGCCACCAUCCUCUUACAGCGGCUCUGCACUAAGGCCUUGGUCACCAAGCAAUUGGCGCACAAUGACUUCCUCUUCGUCUCCGGGGAACAGGCGGAAGCCAUGUAUUUCCUCUCAUCGGGUCAGCUCCUGUACAAGAAGAGCAUGUCCGAAGAAGAUAAGGAGUACGUCCAGGCGAACCUCGACUGGGUCACCGAACCAGCGCUGUGGCUUUCCAACUGGGAACACCUAGGCACGGCGGAGGCCCUGGGGGAGUCGGUGUUGAUCAGCAUCAACGCGGAGACCUUCAAGAAGGUAGUGGCCCAUUCGAACCCCGCAUACAUCCGAGUGAUUCAGAUCUAUGCUCGUCGUUUCCUGGUCUGGAUCAACGAAGUGCCACUGCACGAGCUCUCGGACGUCUUCCAGAAAGAGCUCAUCGAACCUCAGAUCCGCUCCUUUGUGCCCGAUGGGAUGCUCUUGGGGCGUAGCCCCUCUGCGGAUUUGUCCCACUGAUGGGCCAGACGCCUACAGCUGGUUGAGGUCUGACGGUGAGUGUGGCACGGCAGAUGAGCCAAGCACGGGAAAGAAGGCCGUUUCACCGCCGCGUCGACGAUGUGCAUCUGCCAGUGGCAAUGUCAGCUUCUC